AUGCAGCGACGCCGGCCAGUGCUCCUCCUCCUGAUGUUCCUGGCGCUUCUGCCUAGCGAGUUGCCGUCUCAUGCGUCCGCGCUACCGCGCACGUGCGGAGUGGCGGAGCAGGGGGAGGUUGCAGCUGGCGGAGAGGCGGAAAAUUCCGGCGCACGCGCAGGGAUAGCGCAUGUGUGCGAUGCGCGCGAGGGGGGGAUGCCGGGGAAGGAGGGCGGCGCAGGGGACGACGAAGGCGGAGAUAGUGAAGUGGUGGAGAGCGAUUUAAAGGAGUAUCUCGACAUCUUGGAGGAGGCGGAGCGGCAGAUGGAGGCGGGGGAAUGGGCGCAGGCGGAGGAGCUGUUCUCGCGCGUGGCGCACGUGGGGGAGGGGAGGGGGAGCGCGGAGGCAGCAGCGGAGAGCGCCGGGGUGUCGGGGGGAAAGGGGGAGAUGGCAGUGCGGGAGCGGAUGCUGCAGGGGCGGGGGUGGGCGCGCACCCUGAUGCAGUCAUACGCGCUGGCGGAGAGAGACCUGCGCGAGGGCGUGCGCAGGUUCCCAGGCAACGUGCGCAUGUGGGAAUAUCUGGGGACUUUGCACUUCGACAUGGGCCUCAUGCACCAGGCAUACGACGAUUUCUCACAAGUGCUCACCCUGCACCCCAACCACAUCGAUGCUCUCCGAUGGCGAGGGCUGGCAGCGCACCGGCUGAGGCGGCACCCAGAGGCCAUAGUGGACCUGAGAGCAGUGCUGCGCGCCGAGCCCAUGGACUCCUUCCUCCUCAAAACCGUCGCCCUAUCAUACACGUGCAUGGGGCAGUACCGCGAGUCACUGGCGGUGUGGCAGGAGGCGGUGGAGCGGCAUGCGGGCAUGGCGGAGAUGUGGGAGGAGAAGGGCAGCGUGCACCGCAUUCUCGCCCAGGACGCCCCCGCCAUGCUCUGCCUGCUCACCGCCCUGCGCCUCCGCAGCUCACUGGCAGCGUAUCGCAACAUAGUGGCGCUCAGGAGAGGCCUCGGCGACUACAGGGGCGCCAUAGCAUACGCGAGGGAGGGCGUGCAGGCAGAGGGGAGCGACCUGGAGCUGCUGCAUGCGGAAGCCUGCGCACUGCACGCUCUGGGGGACCUGCCUCAAGCUCACACCAAGUACACGCAUCUCACUACGCAGAAGCCCAGCAGCGACAAAGAAGCAUCCUUCCUCAUCACUGCCUUCUACCAGAGGGAGCUACUAGUGUACACCGUGACAUGCUUGGACCGGCCCUUCUCUGCCUUCCACAUCGACUCACACAUGCCAAUUCACUUCAAGAACGCGUGGAUGAGGAGAGAGCAUCCCAGGACCCUUCCCUCGUACCAGCGAUUCAACGCCACGCCAGACCAAUGGGAGCGCGCCACGUGGCCUCUCACGCCAGGUGGCGCCAUGUCAGCUGAUGCGCUGGCGCUGAUAGCAGCGGCGGACGUGAUUGGCGAGAGGACGCACUGCCACGUGGACGGCAUGCUCAGAAACCGAGUGCAGGGGAUCCGUCUUCCCCCCGUGCCUCUCUAUACCCUCCGCCUCUCUUCACUGCACUUCCCUUUCUCCCCUGACCUCACCCCUGCCCCCACUGCCAUCACGCUUCUUCCCGCCGCAAUUCGCGUCGCCGCACUCCCCCGCCGCUGUCAGCUGCGCAUGGCGGGGCUGGCAGCGCUGGACGUGAUGCAGCGCGCGCGGCGCUCAUGGGAGGCCAUGGCCAUGGCACGGGCACAACGAGGGGAGCAGCAGCAGGAGGAGCGAGACGAAGAGCAGGAGGAAGGCGACGAGAAGUUGGGUGUCGGCUACAAGAGCGAGGGUGGGGGCAGGAUGGGCAGGGGGGAGCAAGUGAAACCGCAGGGACCGCGGCUGCAGUCGCUGGUGAGGAAGGAGGGAGGCGAGGGGAGGGAGGGCGUGGUGGAGGGAUGGAGGGACGUGUUUGAGGUGGUGGCGCGGUGGCGGCAGAUCGCCAACCCCACCGACGCCACCUUCUGGAAGCACUCCCUGCUGUCCCCGGAGCGCGUGGCAGUGCGGUCCACCACGCCCAUCCACGUGUACAAAUUCGAGACUGUCAAGUACUACCCCGUGCUCCACAGGGCAGUGGCCCUCACCAGAGCUACUCUCUUGGAGAAUGAGGAGGCAUUUGAUGCCAACUAUACUCGCUUUAGCUUGCCUCGCAGCACCUAUGGCAGCAAGAUAGAGGCGGCAAGGGACCUGCAAGAGCUGCAUGCGGCAGUGGGGCAGGACUUCAGCGCGCUCACACUCAUCCACAGCGCUCUGCACCCGCGACAGCGAAAUCCAGGAACAGAGUUUCAAGUUAAGAGGACCAACCACUCCUAUGACUUCUACACAGAGACUGUGAUGGAUGCAGACAGGUGGAGCAAGUGCGAUGCUGAGAUGACUGCAGCAUGGCAGUCACUCUGCACGGCAGUGUUGGAUGCGCGCACACAAGCCGAGGACCCACAGCUCUACCGCCACCGCAUUCAGCACGCCAUUCUCCGCCUCGCCUACUUCUGGUUCCAGGUGAUGCCACUGACACGCGGGUCCGCCAUGGGAGGAAUGGUGGCCAUCCUGGGCCUUAGCAUGGCAGCUGACAUGCACACCACCGCUCUCAUUCCCCCCAACGUGCAUGUGGACUGGGAGGCGUUGCUGAGCACAAGGCACGAGGACUUUGCAGCCCGGGUGCACCCGUGGCUCUACGCAUCUGUGCAGGCAUCGCCAUGGCACCUCCCCCUCGUGCAUCAAGUGCUCUCCACACCACGCCUCGUGCUCGCUGCUCUCACUCACAGCCUCACCCCAGAGAGUCAAUUGAAUGUUGAUGCUAUAGCGGGGCAAACCGCACGGUGCAUUCCGCUUUCGUCCGCCCCUCCGUCAAGUUGCUCUGCCGCGCCCAUCCCGAUGCCUUCUGCGUUUCCGUGUCCUCUCCGCCUGUACCGUAUAGCCACGUGCGCGGGUGGACACCCCGGACUUGCCCCGUGGCAUCAGAUGUCGCACUAUGCUCUGCCUACCGCCUCAGCCGCACCACCCUUCAUCCGUCGUCCGCUUUUCUCGCCGCCUGUUUCUGUUCCCUCCGCGCCAAUCCGCCCGCCAUCCCCGCUUCCCCCGCCAGCACGGGCCCCGCCCUUCCCCAUUCUUCUCCCGCGCCUCGACGCAUUUCCCGCUUGCGCAAUCAAGGGGGGAAAAUUCGUCAGUAAUGAGGGGAGGCGCAACGGUGGCAGAGGCUGUUGUGUGGGGAGCGCGGUGAGAUGCGCGGCUGGCGGGGGCCGGGGGAAAGGCGGGGGAAGAGGCGGGGCGGAUACGGGGUUCGAUGAGUGGAUGCGGAGGGUGGCGGAAGGGGGCGGCGGGGACGUGACACUGGCACCCUUGGCGCGCAGAGAUGGCGGAACGGGGGAAGAGCAGAGCGGGGAGCGCGGUGAGGUGUUAGCGCGGAAAGAUGGCGCAAGCGCGGGGGGAGUGACGCGGGGUGAUGGCGCGGGGGCGACGCCAGGAGAAGGGGACGGCGACAGCGGUGAUGACGCCAGAAGACGCAGUGACAGAGGCCGUGCUGGGGGGGAAAAUGGCGGAGGAAACGACUAUGCGCUGAGGGGGGAAGGGGCUGUGGGGCAGGAGGGAGGCAUGGCAGAUUGGAUGGGAGCAGAAAGCAGAGGAAGCAGUGAGUUCGGUGGAGCGGGUGGGGAAGGCGGGGAGAAGAGAUGGGGCGGAGAGGGAGGGGGAGAAGGGGAAGAAGGCGCGGAGGGCGUGAGGUGGUUCGAGUGGAGGGAAUGUGUGGACGUUUUAAGGGCUCAAAUGGAGGGUAGGCAGCUGCAGUGGAAUGAGAGGCGCAGGCGGUUCGAGCACGCGUGUGAUGGCGCUGCUGCUGCAAGCGGUGGAGGCAAUGGUGGUGGUGGUGGUGGUGGUGGUGGUGGUGGUGGCGACGGUGUGUUCUUCCUGGCUCCACCGCUGGUGCUCCUACCUCCCACAGCACCGCAAUCACCCCAAGAGUAUAUCCGUUACCUCCUCUCCCGCCCCGCCCUCUCCACCUCCCCCCCUCCCCCUUCCGCGUCCCCCUGCGCCCCGUCACUGGCGCUGGGGUCGCACAUGGUGGCGCUGCUGUGCGCUGACUCUGCUGCCCUCGCCAUCUUCCACCACGGCAGGCUCGCACAACACAAGGUGAUAACAGCAUACACAGUGCGGGCGAAGCAGGGGCGGUCGCAGCUGGCGCAGCAGAGGGGCAAGGGCGCGGGGCGCAUGAGUGCGGGGGCGGCCAUCCGCGCACGGGAGACCCGCCGCCUCUUCUCUGAGGUUGCGCAGGUCAGUCCGUCGCAGCCCAGCGUGCACCAUGCACGCAUCCAUGCCCUCAUGCCCUCAUGCCCCCAUAACCCCCUCCUCUUCAGUGUCUGCAUGCAUACCCUCCACUCCUUCUCUCUUCCCACUGCCAUAGCCUCGCAUGCACCCGCUCUCAUCUCAUCUCUCCACCCUGCCUGCCCCUGCCACCUGCUCCAUCUCUUCGUUCGUCUUUACUGCUAG